GGAAGCUGCAGUUUUUGUUGACGUUUGGUGCUGUGGCGUGUAGAUGGUGACAGCUUGGUCCCGAACUCGUCUGUAAUGAAGGAGCUCGAUCGCGUCGGUUGCUGAUACUCAACUGUCGCCAUAGAUUCGACACGGCUUAGCCCUCAUUGCUAGGCUCGUUUUGAGGCCUAGUAAGUACUCUGAAUCGGCCCACACGAGAGCGAAACGCGCGAUAUGACCGAGGUGGAGCGCCCAUCCUUCAUUCCUCCUCGGAAAAGAAACGGCAUCAAGUCGUCGCCGCGAUCCGUGAGCACGAAGCAUCAGAACAACGGAAUAUGUUCGGAUCACUGCACGGUGCCGGCGGCUAGGCCAUGCAGCGCCGCUACGAGCCCCGUCAAGACUCCCGACAGCGACCGCAGCUACGGGCCAGCAGGUUCGCGGCCUCACCGCAAGCUGUCAGUCGAGUUUCAGCUCGAUCCGGAAGAACGGGACCCGGACCAGUGGACUACGGACAGGUCUCAGGCAACGGACAACGCUAGCACGGAUGGAGAACUGUCCAGCGUCACUGAGCGGUCUUCGCUCAGGGCCGACGGUGACCGCUACGUGACCAUGACGGGAACCAUCAAACGGGGAAAGAAGAAAGGCGCCACGAUCGACAUGAAAGUGAACAUCUCUCGCGAAGAGCUGGACGAGAUCGAGAGCAGCAUCAAAGACCAGAAGACCAGCGACGAAGAGGACGACUGUUUUUUCGGCAUGAACAAAGGCCCUCACGUGCUGUUCCUCUCCUUCGUGCUCGUGCCCGUGGUGUUUAUCAUAUCCGCCGGCAACUCCUUCUACUUGGGCACCAUGACGUGGUACAACAUCCUUGUGGUGCUCAGCGAAAAGCGCUCGAUAUUCCACAAGGUACUGCUUAGCCCCUUCUGGAUCAUCUUCUACCCGUUCCUCAUCGUGCCGGCCGUGGUCGGGCUCGGCGUGUACGCGGCCGCCGUCCAGAUCUCGUGGGAGUACGACAAGUGGAAGCGAGAGGUGCCCGACUGGGAGAAGGGCUUCUACGGCUGGCUCUGCUGCCUCUUGCACAUGGAGGAAUGCAGUCCCUACGACGUUGUCGUCCUCACCGACGUGCAGCGAGCCGACGAAGCGCAGCCGCAGAAGUCCACGGCCGACACGCCUGUCUAGGUUGUUGUGCUACGCCGUUUAAUCCCCGCGCACGCCUGCUCGGUCUUCGUGAAAGCGUGGCCUCCGAGAUUGGCUCCGGCAACGCGCCGUUGAGGUGCGUUGCCGGAGCCAAUCGCGGAGGCCACAGUGAAAAGCUAGCGAUGCGCGCCCACCUCUAUAGAGGGCGUGGUCUGCAAGUUCCGGCCCCCUUUUUUAUCGUUAGUGGAUUGGCUAUUGCCAUCAGUAGUUUUAAUUACUUACGUGCAUCUCUGCUGAGAAAGUAUUGAGCAUAUUCAACGCUGUUUAGCAGUAUGUGGCUCUUUAAUGGCAUGUGAAGAGAACACAAGUUUGGUGCCAGUAUGUGCACCAGGUAACUUUCACUUUGCUCUAUACUGCCUUAUGGGGUUUCAUGUAAGCACAGCAAAGUAUGUUUCUUUCGUAACCGUGAUGUGAUUCAAGGAGAGAAGAGUGCGUAUAAACAACCUAUGCAUGCAUGUAAUGUAUUUUACGGUACGGUAUUGAGUACCUUGCAACCAGGGCAACUACUUCUACGUGACGUACUGCCUGCACAGUGGCGUUUGUUGAAUGGCUGCAAGUUUUACACGAGGCAUUCCUUGCUGUUUUUGAAGUCAUAUCAGUGUGCAUUUGUCCCCUCUAGUCAUGGAAAUGUGAACCCACUUAUUUAUUCCACUGAACUUUUUAUUGCGUGCCAUUUGUACUUACAAACCUUGCCUGUGAAUCGACAAGGUUUCAUGCCAUACCACUUUGUUUUUAUUCCAGUGCGCAGAUAUGCCAACCUUGAUGCAUUGCGUGCCACUUUUAUACAUAAUUGCCACCAUCUUUUUGUACAGGUGCCGUUUCGUGUGCAGGGCUGUGCAAUUCUGCAAAAUCGUGUAUAUUUAAUUGCAACUGUGAUAUUGGAUUUGCAUGCCCUCACAGUGAUGAUGUGCUGUGGCCAGAAGUUUACAAACCACGUAGCAGAGCCAGUUGUUACAGGCACAUGUGCUGGAUUUCAGCAUUCACUCUUGUGUGCAAAGGCCGCGAGUACUCUUCUAUUUCACAUCGAACAUCUAGGCAGCAGAGGUUUUAAUUUCAGGCAGUAAAGUGAUGCAAGGGUACGUACAACUAAACGAUUCAUGCAUGCAGUAAACUGCGAAAUCAUCUCCCUCUGCCAAGCAAAUGCCAUCGAGCAACAAGGAAUGGCUCAUGGUCUGUUAACUUCCCGGCAAAAGAAUACCAAUACUUUUACGUGGAACAAGCGUAAAGAACAAUACUGCAACUGUCGAGUGUUUAAUCAACUGUGCCAAAUUACCAUUUCCAUUGCAGUGUUUCUUGCAUGUGAUGUCUCUAGUCGCGUUUUUCAAUUUUGUUUUGUAGAGCUUAGCCCCACUAUACCUGUCCCGUGUUGGUGGUGUUCGUGUGCAAACAAGAAUAACAUAUGAAGUGUUAUUCGCCAUUUCAAUUGCUUUGCUGGAAAACAGUUGUAUUUAGCAAAGGUGAUGUGGUUCUCCACUAUAGCUGCUGUGAAGACAUCGGCACAUUCCAUCUAUAGUCACUGGAACAUUAUGCUCAUCGGGCACUCAAGCCCUUGUUUGUCUAAACACAGACAGAGAGGAACACUGCUUUUGAUUUACAGCUAGUGAGGUACAUAGUCUCCUCAAUUUGGUGUCACUUUCUGCACUAGUUGCGGCAAUGUCGGGCACCCUGAAAGUGCUGUACCACUCUUGGCCACAUUGAGCAGCCAAGUGCAACAGUAUUGGCCAUGUCAUGUGCUGCAAGUAAUCAAAGCUGUCACAAGUGUCCAUGCUUGCUCGUUUCCUUCCCCUUCAUAUUUGUUGUAGUCCAUUAGCAGUGGCAAUGAAAUGGCAAAUGUAUGGUGCCAAGGAAAUGUAAUGCUGUUCAAGUGAAGCAAGCUUAGGACAUUGUACUAUCAAUGUUGUGGCUAGAGUGUAAUCACCGAACAACUGAUACACUAACUCAUGGCAACACGGUGAUUGCAAAAGGCCAUCCGGAGUGUCCAUGUAAUUGCCAUUUCAAUAAAACAUUAUGGAACACGUAUAAAUGACUGGGAGACCGUCAGACAUUGUGUAUAAGGUGAGCUUUGGUGAAGGUUACUGCAUUGCGAUUGCAGUAUCUUGUCCCACGUGAAAUGGAGCAGCGCAGAGCAAUUGGCAUGCACAAGACUCACUGAAUGACAAGUGCAUUGCACUAUUUAAAGGGAAGCUGAAGUGGGUUUAGAAUUUGGUAAAACUUCGUUGUUAACAAGGACCAACAUUAUUGUCGACGAUGGCGUAAUUUUUUUCGCUGUUGUGGCAGCAGGAGGUUUAAAAUAUGCAAAAGAAAAGUUCGUCUUGCUCUGCCCACACGAACGCGCCAAAAGUGCGGGCGUGGAAACAAACUAACCGGAACUACGUCAUAGUCGGUAGUUUUGGCGGAGCCGCACAGCACUGUCGUAUCUCCAACCGUGGCCUCCAUGACUAGUUCCGGCUGCGCGCAUUGGUGGAACUGAUCGCGAAGGCCAUGCUUUAACAGAGCUGAUGCUGCCGAUGACGCGGCACAUCGAAGGUGACGUCACCGCCUUCGCUUAGCAUCUCAAGAAGCCCUGCGGCUGCAGCUGCUGUUCUUUGCCAACAAAUGCUAUUUGUGUUCACUUCUGUAAACUCUUACAUUGGUUUUCGAAUUCAGCAGGGAUCAAACUAUCAUUACACAUUCCAAAGUCUUUUUUUUUUUAAGUGCUCCAGCUGCCCUUUAAGACAGUGUAAAAGAAAGUGCGACAUGUUCUUUAAACAUUCUCUAUAUGUGCAAUUCUGCAAGUUAAUUUUCCAAGCAGCAAAAUGUAUGCAAGCCCGUGCUUACCAUUCCAACGAUUGUAUACAGUUAUGCGUAUUUCCAGAUUGAUGUACUGAACGUUCUUGUGAAUUGUGUGUGCAAUUCUGGUACGUGGCAUUGCCCCCAAGGUGUGCGGUUGUGCUGAACAUUUACACGAUUCCGCGAGUUUUGAUCUCAUAUUGCCGUUUAUACGUUCGGGCACAAUUACAGAACAAAUAAUGUAUGUGGUCGUGCAU